AUGGGGUGGUGGGUGAUGGGGUGGUGGGUGGUGGGUGAUGGGGUGGUGGGUGAUGGGGUGGUGGGUGAUGGGGUGGUGGGUGAUGGGGUGGUGGGUGAUGGGGUGGUGGGUGAUGGGGUGGUGGGUGAUGGGGUGGUGGGUGAUGGGGUGGUGGGUGAUGGGGUGGUGGGUGAUGGGGUGGUGGGUGAUGGGGUGGUGGGUGAUGGGGUGGUGGGUGAUGGGGUGGUGGGUGAUGGGGUGGUGGGUGAUGGGGUGGUGGGUGAUGGGGUGGUGGGUGAUGGGGUGGUGGGUGAUGGGGUGGUGGGUGAUGGGGUGGUGGGUGAUGGGGUGGUGGGUGAUGGGGUGGUGGGUGAUGGGGUGGUGGGUGAUGGGGUGGUGGGUGAUGGGGUGGUGGGUGAUGGGGUGGUGGGUGAUGGGGUGGUGGGUGAUGGGGUGGUGGGUGAUGGGGUGGUGGGUGAUGGGGUGGUGGGUGAUGGGGUGGUGGGUGAUGGGGUGGUGGGUGAUGGGGUGGUGGGUGAUGGGGUGGUGGGUGAUGGGGUGGUGGGUGAUGGGGUGGUGGGUGAUGGGGUGGUGGGUGAUGGGGUGGUGGGUGAUGGGGUGGUGGGUGAUGGGGUGGUGGGUGAUGGGGUGGUGGGUGAUGGGGUGGUGGGUGAUGGGGUGGUGGGUGAUGGGGUGGUGGGUGAUGGGGUGGUGGGUGAUGGGGUGGUGGGUGAUGGGGUGGUGGGUGAUGGGGUGGUGGGUGAUGGGGUGGUGGGUGAUGGGGUGGUGGGUGAUGGGGUGGUGGGUGAUGGGGUGGUGGGUGAUGGGGUGGUGGGUGAUGGGGUGGUGGGUGAUGGGGUGGUGGGUGAUGGGGUGGUGGGUGAUGGGGUGGUGGGUGAUGGGGUGGUGGGUGAUGGGGUGGUGGGUGAUGGGGUGGUGGGUGAUGGGGUGGUGGGUGAUGGGGUGGUGGGUCAUGGUGUGCUGGGAUGGUGGUUAGUAUAA